AUGUUGACUUCGCGUGUCCCCGUGCUCGACUGGAGUCUGGUUCACUAUGACGUACGCUCGAUCACGUUGAUGCGGCCAUCCCAUUCGCCUCGACAGUGCUCCACAGCAUCGGCGGGAUCGGUGGCUUUGCUCAUGUUCCAGGUGGAUCGACAAGUCUACGCAGAGCUGCAGCGUGUGGCACCUGGGAAUCCAGUCUCUGCCUAUGCGUUAGUCUCCUGGUCAGCCUUUGACAAUGCGCUCGAGGCCUCUGGCGGUACUGCUAGUGUCGAAGCCUACGAAGUUCAGUACGCAGUGUCUGGGUCAGGCGUCUGGCAGUCGCUGGGGGAUUCACUGACCGGAUUUCGCGUCGACUUGGGUGCUCAAGCCACGGAACACGUGCCCAAGCAGCGUAUUUUCACUCGUGCAGACGAUGGCGAGUCCAUCAACGAUGGGUAUUUCAGACUUGGCUUGUCGUAUGAAGGCUCCAGCCCGAGUAUCCUGGGCGGACGAGCUACUGCUGGUGUGGUGACGCCUCCGAUCGCUUUCGACGCCAGUGCAGACGCCAUGAAGACAGCGAUCGAGUCUCUGGAGCAGGUCACACAGGUGCAGGUGGAGAGGAAUGCGCUGGACGCUGAUGGAGCGUUCGAGUGGAUCAUCCCCUUUGAUCUCGUGGCGUACGACGGCGAAGAUCCGCUGCCGUUGCUGUCGCUGUAUACAGAGACAGUGUCAGCUCAGUGGACUGGAGACGGAGACCAAGUAGCUGUUCAGUAUCUGCGCAUGGCUCCGAGUUCUCCUGGUCGACAUCGACGUAUUUGCUCGGAUGAAUGCAGCUACCAAGUCACGGGACUGCAGACUGGUCGAGCCUUCAGCUUCCGUGUUCGAGCGCAGUAUUCGUACGCUAUUGGCUGGAGUUCAUGGAGUGCAAGUAGUGAACCACUGGAGAUCCCAGCGACGCCAGUACCGCGAGCUCCUUCAACCCCCGAGCUACUAGCGGCAACGACUUCUCAUGUCACGAUCUCGUGGCGUAUGCGUCGAGAACUCACGCAGGAAAAUGGCAUCUUCGCUAGGGAAUUCUUCCCCGUCACCAGCUUCCAGGCUCAGCAACAAUGCGACAGUGAGAUCGGCUGGACUACGAUCAGUGAGCGUAUACCGCCGGGGUUUAGUGGCAACAGUGACACCUUUGUAACUGUUGUUGCGUCCUUGGAGCGUCCGCCAGGUUCCACCUGCGAGUUUCGAGUUGCUGCGACGAAUGCCAACGGCCAAGGACCUUUCAGUUUGCCUUCAGCCAAAUUCACAACGUUGCAAACAGCUCCGGGUGCUGUGGCGAACUUACGGGUAGCUCGAGACCCGCUUACUGUGGUCUGGAACACGCCUGAGGUGCUGGGCGGUCAUGCACCGGAAGAGCUAACCUACGAUGUGGAAUACCGCACAACUCUUGGCUCGACGUGGACGCGAUUGCCAGCUGAGCUGGUGGACUGCAGCAGUCGACUCGCCAACAUCUCAAUGACGUCGCUGAAAGGAUACACCACCGACAACGUCAAGGAUUUAACCCUUGGAACACGCCAAGUGGUGAUUGCUGCAGCUCGUCAGCAAUGCGCUAACACACAGGACUGGUACUACGUCCAGUUGACUGGGAACGGCGGCAGUGGCGGCUCUACCAGUGGCGAUGAAGCCAAACCUGGCGAGCACGGAGCUGUUCUUGUCUUUCCAGUCACGUGGUCGGGCGAAAGACUGGCGGAACAUUCCUUCUUCUACACGGGAAGUGUCCAGACCUAUCGAGUUCCAAUUGACCAGUCUGCUCCUCAUCUUGCGCAUCGAAUUGUUGCUCUUGAUGUCUACGCCUGGGGCGCUGGGGGAGCUGGUGCGAGGUCGUCAAACGGAGCUUCAAGCGACUUGAGUAACGGCGGAGGAGGCGCCUUUGCACGUGGAGUUUUCCGUGUCAGUGCCGGUGAUGCUGUGGACAUUUUGGUUGGCGGUGGAGGCCUUCAAGACGGUCGGGGUGGGUUCAACGGCGGUGGAAACGGCGGCACAGGCGAUUUCCCAGGCGGCGGGGGCGGUGGCGCGUCUGAAGUGCGCGUGAAUGGACGAACAGCCGUCGUAGCUGCUGGAGGUGGCGGUGCGGGCUCGACGGAUUACUGUUGUGCCCAUGGAGGAGGCGGCGGUGGCUUGGAUGAAGCAGAGUCUGGUCUUGCACCGGAUGCGACAACGAUCCCACUCGACUCACGUGUGACUGGACAAGCAGCUAGAGACGAAUAUCAUUCCUCGAAUGUACCGGGAGACACGAGAGACUUCGAGGGACUCCCAGCGAGACAUGGACACCUCGACUGGGGCUUUGCUGCGAGUAGUGCAGACUACUCCGUUCUAGCAACUGGAGGCACAGGCGCCACGCCAACAACGGCAGGUGUGGCGGGGACUGCAGGUUCCUAUCGCUAUUCUCUUGAAGGCACGUGUCUGUUGAACCCGCAGACAUCUCUGGUGGACGUCGCCGUGUCUCCGUUGACAGCAUCGCAUUGGCCUUCGAAUGGUCGAAAUGGAAGUGGCGGGAGUGGACAGAGUGGCAAACAAGCGGGUGGAGGCGGAGGUGGAGGGUUCUUCGGUGGCGGAGGAGGAGGCGCAGGUGUUGACGGAGCUGGAGGCGGUGGAGGCAGCAGCUUCGUCUCCUUUAGAGACCUGUUUAAUUCGUCCAAAUCUGGGAUUAGUGACGCUAGUCUGCGAGCACGAGUGAGUGACGAGACCGUAGACAAGCUCCAAGUGACUCCACUGACAUCCUCGAGCGUCAAAGUGAGCUGGAAAGCUCCUCGUUUUGGCUUCUCCCAGCUCGUGGAAGGAUUCGUGAUCGAGAUGGCCAAUCGCUCCGUCAAUGAGGACUUUCGUCUUGUACGUUUGGUCACUCUUUACACCCCCAGUGUGGCGCUCGGUGUCGCGCCAACUGCUCGAUGGACGCAACUUGCGUCUCUGGCCGACAGAGAGAGCCCCAGUAUCGCUGAGAGGAGAGUUCAUGCAGGACGAACGACGUUGCUGACUCCGUUUGAGUUGAUGGCUGUCGGGCGUGGACUCAAGUCUCCUCGACGAGCGUCUCUCGGGUCCAGGACGGCGAUGGCAGCUUCUCGCUUCGAGUCGCAACUGGACGUUCGUUUGAAGCGUCUCGAAGAUCUGAUCGACGGAUGGAGAGCUGUCGCUACUGCAUCUGGAGAGGAUGAGAGCGCUCUUGACGAACAGCGUCCUGUGCCUCGGUACUGGGCUGCUAGCGCCUUUGUUUCCUCACUGCCAGGCAGUAAGGUGCCGCGUGUAUUCCUGUUCGGCGGCCAAGAUGACACGACGCUGCUGGACGAUUUUUGGAGUCUGGAACUGGCUCAGCUAGAUGAGGAUUUCCCUCAAGAUCGUCGAAAGAGUCAACGGAUCAGAGCGUGGGCCAGUAUUGAAAGCUUCAACUUGGAGAGGAUACCCACAUUUGGCGGUGAGCAAGCUGGUACCAGCGAAUUGCGGAUGGGCUAUCCAGUGAGUUGUUAUCAAUUGAGUGGCAUGCAUCCAGUCACUCACGUGAAGGUCGUGCGCAGCUCCAACAAGUUCAAGGCCUACAAGAAGCUCGAGCCCAGCUUGUCCCGGCGGGCAUCUGGCACCGGGUCCGACUACUUGAUUGCUGUCGAGACUCCAGACGAUAUUCAUAUUCAUGUGUCUACACUGUCCUGA